AAUCCACCAUUGUACUACCAGUGCAUCGAUUUCACUUCGAGAACAGUAGCCAUGAGUGCAGUAGAUUUUAAAGAAAGAGGAAAUGCACACUUCAAGGCCGGUCGCUUUGUUCAAGCGGCGGGAGAAUAUGCAAAGGCAGAGAAACUUUCGCCCAAGGAUCCCGUGUAUAGCUCCAACCUGAGUGCUGCCCUCUACGAAGCUGGCGAUUAUACCGCAUGUUUCCUCGCCAUAAUCCGAUCCUCGAAACUGCUUCUUGCUGAGACCGAUAGAAAUAAUAGCUUGAUAGAUCGCGUGUCUACCCGGUUGGCGAAGACUCUCCGCUAUGGAAUUCGUUCUGGGCGACUAUCGUACCGCUUUGUCACUUCCGACAGCGCAAAGGGCAUUAUCGCGGAGUUGAAGAGGAUACAGGAAACCUCUGAGAAUGCAGACUUGAAGAAGGCUUGGGAGGAGUGGGAACACUGGGUGGAGAAUACUAUGGACAAAGUUGCGGAAGAGUCGGCCUCUGCACGAGAAAGACUGGUUCGGUUGCCCUCCUUCAAAGCAUCCGCUGACCCGGCACUUGAAUAUUUUUCGAUCUCGCAUGACGACGUAAUGGCUCUUAGUCACGAUCUUGGGCCGCGAAAGGAGAGCGAGUCACCACUUAAAGUCGAGUCUUUCUCGGCAGAGCGCCUCUCGAAGAUAGCAUUUCUCUUCGGGGGUGUGGCCGAUGCACGACACGUCUUCGGGUCCAUGGUGGGACUUCACCAAACUUACAAGCAACUAUCACAGGCAAAACAGUCGAAAUUCCGAGCCCACUUUACUCUACUCGAUAUACAGCCGACAGCUCUCGCUCGAGACCUAUGCAUCUUGCUUCUCCUGGACGACCUUAUGACAGGCGAUCAUGAUGCAGAAGAAACGGCAGAAAUUCGAGCGACACUUUUCUAUGUCUACGUUGCGCCCAUUAUGCCUUCCUAUUGCGAUCAGCGAUUUCAGAAGACGGCUCGUCGAUUGCGUGAUGUCUUAUCUUCCCCUCAGCCAAUCCUCCCCAGUUGGCUCUACGUUAGCCCCGAGUCCAUGCCAGGAAUUGUGCGUUCCUUGGACUAUUGGCUCGCUCAUGCGGGCGAGAAGACUUUGAAAGGCAUGCUCGCGCAUCAUCACCCAGAAAAACAAGACGAGGAAACGGCUCAGGCGCUGGCAAACAUAGACGACAGUUCGCCCUACAAGAUAUUCGCAUGUACUCACGAAGAGAGGAAGGUGAGGGUCGGAAGGGCCAGUGUAGAGCAAGUAGUCGAAUGGAUGGCUUUGAUGUCUGGCGGCAAGCAACCUCCGAUUCCUCCGGGCGCAACCCAGCGAGCUUUGUUUCUGGCGAAGGCGAAGGAGUGGUUGUUGAAGACUCUGCAGGAGCGGGACGCCGAAGUGAAGCAGCAGAAGGACGGAAAGAUCUCUGCUGUCCUUCGGCAGGAGAAAGAGUUCUACGAGACUGCGAGAGCGUUUGCUCCGCCGUCCGUUCUCAUGAAGAGGCAUGACGCGAUUGCAAGCCUAUGGGGGGAGAUCCGAAGACGUUCCCGCUCAAAAGCUCAGGAUUAUGUGCCAAAAGAUUCUCUCGUGACCGAGGUCGUCAAAGAAGUCAGCGACUCCUGGAGACCGAACCUGUCUCUUUUUGACGUCUCUCUCGACUCCGACGCAGGCGACGGAUAUCCUGUCUUCGACUUUGACGCUUUUUUCAUGGUACAGCAGCUGGAAGACUUCAACGUUCGCAUGAAGCUGCAAGGUGUGGGCCGAAAUAGCGAAAGAGAGGAUAGUCCGAGUUACUCUGUUGUUGGAUUAUUCUUCGACGCUGUCAUGGAGAGUAUCAAUGGCUUCAAAGACCGCGUUCAGCUUGAGAUUAUAUGCGGCGAAUUGGGGCACGAACUCUCAAAAAUGCAAAGGCUCACCAAUUCAUCUCGACUCUCGCAUUUCCCCUCGACAUUCACGAGGAUGUGGCUGAGUAACGUUCCGGAUUACACCCAUGGUCCACUCAAUACGGCUGUAUACGUUGUACCGAGUGUUCAAUCUGAACCAGGAUGUUUUGUCGCCGCGAAUUGUCUGCGUAACACUGGGGCCUGGAGGGAUGGAGAUGAAUUCUGCUACACGUAUACUCUCCUCUUACCACAGGACCUCUCUCGCCAUCUUGGAUGUCGAGUCAUCCAGAUGUCGCCUGGAUUCGAGAACAUCAUCCUCUCGUCAAAUAAACUUCCUCUGUCGCUGAAGGAGCUCGCUACUAAGGGCGAACUCUUCGCUUGGCUUACCCGCAUUCUUCUCGCCAUCCUCGUCCCUCCCAAGCCGCACAGUAGCCAAGCAGUUUCCUAUCCCAGCAACCUCGUAGCUUUCGUCGACAUCGUCAUCCAUCUUCACUCCGUAGGAUUUCCGACUCAUUGGCUGUCGGAGUAUAUUCAGAAAAUCUUGACGGACACGCUGAUGACCGAGACACCGCUUUAUCGCGGUACCUUCCCUAUCCCACCCUCUGAAUUUACGAAGCGAACACGAGCACGAAAGGUUCACCUCAAGUCUUGGCACCUUGAUUUCGAGAGCAUCAUCGCGACCUCGUACGCUGCCUUCCCGUUCCCAUUAUCGUUACCAGCCGGCUUCGCAAUCUCGCAUGCCGACAUUGGUCUGUUCGAAACUACGAUCCGUCUUGACGAGUUCAACAAGAAGACAUCCGUACUGCCAGAUAUACAACACGCCCCAAACUUACCUGUCGUCUCCCUUAUAUUUUAUAAGCUAGGUCAAUACCCUCCUUCAGCCACGGCUCUCCCAUUCAAGAUCGGCGAUAUCCUAGAUGGCGAGAGGGUGGCGGCACCCGGUGACCUGUAUAUCUUGACAUGUGUGGAGAGGUAUAGCGUUAAGGACGGCAUCAUACGAUGGCGGAUGAACAAGAGAACGGUACAGGAGAUGAAGAAGGAUAAGUGGGUGAUGAUCUCGUACCGGUGUGACCAUGAUGAACUCCUCUCACCACCCAAUCUCGCAAAACAUUGGAGGGAAGUUCAAGUAGAGUAAAUUCAAGUGCCAUUACUGUAUGUGACGUUUGACGGAAAGGUGUCAUACACCGAUAAGUUGUAUAAAG